UGGCGGUGUGGGAGAGGCUCAUGUUGAUGUGUUUCCAGCAGAGAAGGCUUGGAUGUGAGCGCCACCGAGCUGUGUCUGCCUCCAGAUCGAAGAUGGCGGUGUCGGUGUUCCCCGGCGUGCGGCUCCUCUCCAUCGGAGAUGCGAAUGGAGACAUACAGCGCCACUCUGAGCAACAGCCCCUGCGACUAGAGGUGAAAACCACGCAAGACGCUGCGCUGAUCAAUCUCUCCAAUGGAGAGGAGACGUGUGUGUUCAAGUGUUCAGUUUCCAGGGAGACGGAGUGCAGCCGGGUGGGGAAGCAGUCGUUCAUCAUCACACUGGGCUGCAACAGCGUCCUGCUGCAGUUCUCCUCACCUGCAGACUUCUCGUCGUUUUAUAACCUCCUGAAGAACUGUCGCGGCCAUAGCGGCGAGCGCUCAGUCUUCAGUGAGAGGACAGAGGAGUCUUCCGCUGUACAGUACUUCCAGUUUUAUGGCUACCUCUCCCAGCAACAGAAUAUGAUGCAGGACUAUGUUCGGACCGGGACCUACCAGCGAGCUAUCCUCCAGAACCACACUGACUUCAAGGACAAGGUGGUGCUGGAUGUUGGCUGUGGCUCUGGGAUCCUGUCCUUCUUCGCAGCCCAAGCUGGAGCCAGGAAGGUCUAUGCUGUGGAGGCCAGCACCAUGGCACAGCACGCUGAGGUGCUGGUGAACAGUAAUCGUCUUGGGGAGCGCGUUGUGGUCAUCCCUGGGAAGGUGGAGGAGGUGACGCUGCCCGAGCAGGUGGACAUCAUCAUCUCAGAGCCCAUGGGCUACAUGCUGUUUAAUGAACGUAUGCUGGAGAGCUACCUGCAUGCCAAGAAGUUCCUCAAGCCCAACGGUAAAAUGUUUCCCACUAUUGGUGAUGUCCACCUCGCCCCCUUCACAGAUGAACAGCUCUACAUGGAGCAGUUCACCAAGGCCAACUUUUGGUACCAGCCAUCCUUCCAUGGUGUAGACCUGUCUGCCCUGCGGGGGGCAGCAGUGGACGAGUAUUUCCGCCAACCCAUUGUGGACACGUUUGACAUCCGUAUUCUGAUGGCCAAGUCGGUCAAGUACACAGUCAACUUCCUGGAGGCCAAAGAAGAGGAUCUUUACAGGAUAGAGAUUCCCUUUAAGUUCCACAUGAUGCACUCGGGUCUGGUGCACGGCCUCGCUUUCUGGUUUGAUGUGGCGUUCAUGGGAUCAGUGAUGACAGUAUGGCUGUCCACAGCACCCACGGAGCCCCUCACCCACUGGUACCAGGUCCGCUGUCUGCUGCAGUCACCCCUUUUCACCAAGGCUGGGGACACACUGUCCGGCACUGCACUGCUAGUGGCCAACAAGAGACAAAGCUACGACAUCAGUAUUGUUGCCCAGGUGGACCAGACAGGCUCAAAGUCCAGCAACCUGCUGGACUUAAAAAACCCCUUCUUCAGGUACACAGGCACCUCCCCCACGCCCCCUCCUGGCUCACACUACAGCUCCCCAUCCGAGAACAUGUGGAACACAGGGGGGGCCUACAGCAUGAGUCAGGGGAUGGCCGUAUCAGGGAUGCCAGCAGCGUACGACCUCAGCACAGUCAUUGGCAGCGGCUCGACAGUGUCUCACAACAACCUAAUCCCCCUGGUCAACACUGGGAUUGUGAAUCACACCCACUCCAGGAUGGGCUCCAUCAUGAGCACAGGAAUUGUCCAGGGAGCUACUACAGGCCAGUCAGGCCCCAGCAGCAGCAGCACUCACUACCCAGUCACCAACCAGUUCACCAUGGGAGGUGCUGCCAUCUCCAUGGCCUCACCCAUGGCUAUCCCCAGCAACACCAUGCAUUAUGGCAGUUAAAAGAAGACUUCGCUGAGAUCUCCUCAACACCCCCUGACCCCGCAUGACAAGAGCCCCCCCCCACGCCUCCCAGUGGAGCCCCUCAGUCUGCUCCCCGUCCCUUGACCCUGACUGACCAACCGCAGCCAAAACCAGUAUACCAAAACCAGUGCUACUGAGGCACUCCCUCUCCCCUCCUCGUUGUCCUCACUCUGCUCUAUUCUGUCCAUCACUUUAUUACCGGUCUUAAGCUCUUGUAUCCGUCCAGACUCUUGUCUUGCUAGACCUCCUCUUCCUCCUUGAAUUCAUCGGGACUGUAAUACAUAUGCACAUGGAGAAACAGCCUGUCAAAGACAAGCUGCACAACUGUAUUGCGGUUGUCACCUCCCACCUCUCCUCCCUCAUCGUUUCUGUCCAUGCUUCAGACUCCCCCCUUCCUUCCUCCCUGUUUUCGAAGUGUCAUGACACACCAAACCUGUUUCCUGAAACCGUCUUCAUCCCCUGAAAAUUAACUUGUUGCCAGCUACCAGCACCACUCUGUCCCCAUGGUCCUGUACACCUCUAUACCCGACCUAUGCUGAAAUGAUCUUCAUUUGUACAGUAGGACACUAUAGACAUUGCCAUAAUCUCAAUCAUCGUCAACCCUCGGGGCUGCCAUCUCGGUUUUUCAUAUCACGUCUUCAAGGUUCUUUUCCAUCUAUUAGAGACUGACUCAAGCCAGACAAGACGGUUCCUUCAUGUCCUGCCUAUUGCCGUUAGGUAUGGUUUUCCGUUAUGUAGGUUUUUUCCUUUAAUUUCUUAAUGAAAAGUAGGUGUCUUGAUGUUUAGGUGAAGGAAAAGUUGGAAGAAUUAAUCAAGUCUUGGGAAAAUGGCCCAUCUUCCUUUUUAGAUCUUUGGCUCCAGUGCUCCAUGCUAACACUUGAGCAUACACUCUCUUGAGUGAUAGUAAGCUAGUGUUAGCGUGCAGCACUGGGGCCAACGUAGAUGAUCCUGCUGUCUGCAGUUCCAUCACUGAACAGCUAAGGUGACCAGUGGGACUGUCGCUGCCCCAUCCAUCCUUCCUGCCCGAUCGAUACUGCGCAUGUGCAAGUGUCUGCAGAGAUGGAGAGGAGGCAGGAUGUCUCAAAGUCAGAUGAAUCACUUGAUAGUUCAUCAACUCUGGAAAACAUGAUGUGUGUGACUGGGUGCAGUCUGAUGAAGGUUGGUUUUUAAAAUCCCAGAAAAAUCUUGAGCUGCAGUUCCGGUCAAGCUAUCUACUCAUAGGCUACCUUGGACACAAUGCUGUCUCUAAAUUCAAUGACAGAUGGUGCUUGAAAAAUACUGUACAUUGUCAAUAGGGAAAGCAAAUCCUGAAAAGUUUGAGGACUAAAUGCAGCACACAACUUAAAUUACUGAAAUAACCCUUUUCAUACAUAAACAGAAACAGUUUCACAUUAAAACUUUUGUUUUUAACUAUAGUCUGAUUUUACCAGGCUUUCAAACAACAAGCCUCAUCAGACUGCACCCAGAAGAUUUUACAUUUUUUAAAAAGAUGUAAUGAAUGACAUUCAGCGUUAAACGAGUGAGACAUCACGCCACGAGUUUCACAUGCGCAGCACCGCUCACGUAGGAUGUAUGGAUCAGGUUGUGACAGGGAUAAUUUGCCUGGAACUUGGUGCAUUUCUUGAAGCUACAACAUUUCUGAAUCCUCCCAAAGUUGUAAACAUGACCCAUACCUUUGGUUAGACCCAUUGUCAUCCUCUUUAGCCAAUAGCCCAUUUUUUUUUUUAGCUGACAGGACACGGCAGCAGCUCCUCCCCUGCUAGUCAGCUAUUCAUAGUGGUCAGCCAGACCGGGCCAGCAACGCCGAAGAAGGAGCCUCUGGAGGACAGACAGUAAGGACCAAUGACCCAAGUAUCGGCCUGCUGGUCAGUGGAAUGAGGAAAACUGUGUCGAAUUGGCAGCGUGCUAGUUUACAUACCCGCUUCCCUCCCCUCUUCAUCCCAACCUCCUUUUUGAGACUGUGAGACUGUCACGAAGAGACUUAAAGGUUGAGGCAUGGGAGAGAGGGCCAGAGCCUCUCCCGCCUUCCUCCUCAUCAUUCACCAUGUAUGAUUUCCAACAUAUCAUACCCCACCCUCCCCCCCUUUAUCAGUCAAGGAGAGAAAGACUUCAACAUGUAUGCAUUGCUUCCAGUCUCACAAUUAUUGGACUCGGUUCAUUUUCAGUUUAUGAUUUAGCAAGUUUUAAGACAGCCGUGAAAAAAUGUCUCUUUGUAGGGUUAAUCAUUUUUGUCUUUUGUUUUUGUUUUCCUUUCACAAAAAACAACAAACAAUCUUAAAAAAAAAAAAAAAAGAAAGAAAAAGGAGCAAAUUAAAUGUGGUGGAGAUGUUCCAAAAAACCAUUCUGGAAUCACGUCUUGUUGUAGUACUUUAAUUUGUUCAUACUUUGUUAAAUAGACUCGUUAACGCACCGGAUGUUAAUCAUGUGGUAGCUAGCUAUAGCGCUCUUGUCUCUUUUGUCAUGAAAUCGUUGCUCUGUGUAGUCACUAGUGGCAUCCACUUUUAUUAUGGAAAGUGUAUGAGGAAGACCAUGUCUCAUGUUGUGUCGUGUCUGUGUGUUUAUAUCUGCCAGUAAUAACACUUCUCUCACUGUUUGACAUUGACUCUUCUGCUCCAGAGGAAGCUAGAGAACGUCCCUCAGUCCCUUAUUGUUUCACAUGGGCGCUAGGGAAGGACAAGAUUCAUUUUCUCAAUCCAGAACCAAAGUGCUUUGGCAACUAAUCAAUUCGGAGUUUGAAAGGAUAGUUCACCCAUUUUAAAACAUGUCAGAAUUCAUUUCUCACCUAGCUGAUGUGUAGGACUGUGGUGUUGCUAUAUUCCUCUCACCAGUGUUCCCCCACAGCUAACAUUGUUAAAAAUAAUCAUCUUAAUCCACUCAAAGAAGGCUGAUCAUCACCGCACAAGAUUUGCAAAACUAAAAUGCACAUAGAGUUACAGAUUGUGCAUGGACAAUGGACCUUUAUCAUUUAGUCAGAGCAGCAGCAGCCACCGCAAAGACGGAGGGAGAUUGAAUUUGCUAUCAUUAGUUUUCUUCAUUGAACACGUGCACAUGUUGAAGGACAAAAAUAACAACUUUCUCCAGAGUACUAAAAGACAGCUGGCAGGUCAUGUUGUGGCUGGCUUCUUCUUUUCCUCCGUAGCAACUGAAGUUCAGCGCGGGGAGCUGAUUCCGCACAAGAAAAUAGGUACACCACUGAUAAAAUGUUUUUGAAAAAGGUAAAUUCUGCUAAAAAUUCUGCUACACAUCAUCAUCAAAGUCAACUGAGUUUGAUGGUUACUUUAAGAAUGUUAGCUGGGGACCACCUCAGUGGCAGGAGGCUAACAGUUAGCAUUUGGAGCAUCCAGCCAGUAUCCAGCACUCAGUAACAAUGAGAGGAAGAUAGCACCACUGCUGUCCUAUAGAACAGCUGGGAGAGGGAGAGAAAUCUUAUUUUUCAGGGAUCUCAUUUUUCAAAACAGGUGAACUAUCUCUUUAAAUCAACUUGCCCUUUGCUUCGUGUCGUGCACAAAGCAGCUCCGCUAGUCUGCAGAGGUACAUACAGAUUUGCCAAGUUGCUGGUGGCCUGAAGUCAACAUUGCUGACAUGUUGGAGAGCAAGCCAUUCUGCCAAUUAGAGCAUUUCUUUAGCUAUGACUUCACUUCCAAGUCUUUGCAUGUGCACACUAACUUGGUCAAUACAACAGAUUCUGGUCAUUUUUGUUUGUCACUUAGCAGAGAAGCAUUUUCCCCGCUAGUUGCUAAGGCUGUAAUUAGGCCGUUUUCUUCUUCAAAUCCAGAGUGCAUGUGAAUGGCACUAGUAGGAGCUCAGUAGGUACAAAGAGUUACAUUAUCAUUACGUCACGUUUUUUUCCCCCCAUCAUUAUUAUUAUUAUUUUUAAAUAGAAAGAGGAUUGUGUACUCGAUGAGGAAGAGGAAUCCACUCUGAACCCCAGUGUGGAAAGAGACACCACACCCACAGUUUUAUAGUCUCUGAAUCAAGAAUCUGUCAAGGCACUAGUGACUUCAUUUCCAAACAGUGACCAAUCUAGCAUCUUCUUACAGCCACGGGGAACAGCAAAGGUGUUGCAAAGCCAUUUUACUGUAAAAGCUUGGGAACGCCUGAUCAUGCCUGUCUGGAGGACUAGUUUGUACUAACAUGAUGAGCAAUGAGGCUAAAGAUGAGAGCAGCAUUGCAAAAGGAAAUGCACCUCCAAGAAAAAAAAAAUUAGAAUAAAAGCACAGACAUUCAAAGUGUGCUUUAGACCAGAAUAUAAAUCAAGCAGGAUUCUGCUCCUGUUGUGUGGUACCUAAGUCAUCUAUUAGGUACCAACUAGUUUGAAAUCUUAGAAAGCUGAGAGGGGCUGUGAUGGCAGGUAUUUUUUUAAUGCUGUUAUCUCAAGGUCGUGAAUUAAUUAUGCCAUCAUCUCAGGAUAACAAAGCUUUUCUCGUUAUAAAGGGAUAAUUAUUUAAUUACCAAGAAAAUCAAAGGCCAAUUUCUCAAUCAUGAGACAUGUUAGCAUGAGAAAACAAAAGGUUUCCUCAAAGUAACAAGAUGAUUAAAUCAUGGUCACUAGAAAAGAAGUUGCUUUAAGUAUCUCAAUAUCUCGUUUAAACAAACAUAUUAGAAAUCAGGAUGUUUAAAGAUGAAAAUGCCACUUGUUACUGAUUAAUGCACCAGUUUAAAUCAGGAUCUAACUCAGGCAGAAAUUGCAUUGUUAGGGAAAACGACUGUGUGUUUUUUAAUGGUGACUUAUUCUUACACCAUCUUCCUAUCUAGACAUAUCAGCCUUUGGUUUUCUCAAGAUAACUUUUAAAAAAUGAUUGCAACUACAGCCGCUCUCAGCUUCUAUAGAAAUCCUAGGUUAUGUAACAUUUUCUUAACUGCAAGUGCAGCAAAACUGGCCAGUUUUUUUUUUCUUUGUCAUUUUAGUGUUAUUACACCAGUGACCUCCCCUCUUGCCCCUCUUGAUGCUGAUGUAGUAAAAACCAGCUCUUUUUGUCUUCACUUUCCUCUGUGCUUUUCUUUGAAUUUAUUUUUCAUGCCAUUUCCAGCCCGCUAUUUGCUGGGAAAGCACCAGUGAGCUCUAGGAUCUGCUGAAAUGCUCUGAUUGGUUGAAGGAAGGAGUUUUCGGUCGUUGCAUGUAAAUGUUGAACUGACACCACAGACAGUUUGGCAAGACACAAGCAGGAUGUAUGCAGCGGCAGUGAUUCUUUGUUCACUUUAUCAGCCGAGGUUUGUAUCUCAAAAUUGGCUUUCACUGGCAAACCUGGAAGCAGUGGGUAAGUAGCUCAAAAGUGGCAAGGAAUGACACUUUGGAAUUGGACCAGAGAGGUUGUGGUGACCAUGCAGCUAAAUAGUUUAUCAUUUUUAACCUAGAUCGAGUUCAUUACAACCUCACUGAAUACAUGUCAAAACACUUAUGAUUUUUGCAACAUCAGAAACCCACUCCUGUUUUUCUUAGUGGUCCUAGUUGACAUUAACUGUGUUAUUAGUCACACAGUAGUACCAGUCUUUUCAUGCUCCAUCCUCCAACUUGAAAUUCCUUUUGCUGGUUGCUUGCUGUUGGAUCCCAGCACAAAAACAGAACUGUUCAAAACAGGGAACCUUAUACUUUCUCAGUUUGGAUCCCCCCCCCAAAAAAAAAUUUCCAUAAGAUUAGAACUGUACUUACAUCAGAUGCUUGUGGGAAGCUUAUCAAGUCAACACUCUUAGGGAAACAAAUUAGGCUGUGACUCAUAGGCAAGCAAUGGCUAUCAUGGCCCUCUAUGGAGUAUGAAAGUCUGUGGCGGCAAUGUUUUCAAAGUUAUAGAGGUUAUUCAUUAAGAUUUUUUGAGGAAAUCCAUCCACACAUCAGGGAAAUUCUUGUCAAGUGUAUACAAGAGAAUCUGUGGAUUUGGUCUGCCAUGAAUCUCUAGGAUUAGAACUUGCACUGUUUCACUUUUCCUCUUUUUUUUUUUUUUCCAAAGUAGAAAAAGUACUGCCAUAAGCUCAUUUUGUGCUGGUGAAUGAAAAAUGUAUGGCAGUGGCUCCAUAACCAGCUGCAGUAGCUGACACUAUCAGCAAACCAUAUUAAUAUCAAACUGUUAAACACUUGACUGGAAGCUAAAACGGCCAACU